UACUGCGUCCUGGCAUCAGAGGAACCAGCGACCGUAUGUGACCACGUGGGAUUUGCCCAGUAGCGGUGGUACGAGCAGAGUUAAAUAUCUUUAAUCGAACCAUUUUCAUUCCUAACGACCAGCGAUGACUAAAAUGAAGAAGAAGGUUUCUUCCGAGUUAGAUGAAUCCAUGUCGGCCUCUGGCGGAAACGAGAAGAGUUAUGUGGAGCUGGUCGCCAACAUUAAUCCUAUCGCUCAGCCGCUGGCGUCCCGAAAACUUAGCAAGAAGCUGUAUAAGUGUGUGAAGAAAGCUGCCAAAGUGAAAAACAUCCGUCGAGGCGUGAAAGAAGUUCAGAAGUUCCUCAACAAGGGGGAGAAAGGGAUCGUAGUGUUGGCGGGCGACACGCUGCCCAUCGACGUCUACUGCCACCUACCUGUCAUGUGUGAGGACAGAAGCCUGCCUUACGCCUACAUCCCAUCAAAAGUGGAUCUUGGAUCUUCUGCUGGAUCCAAACGUCCCACCUGUGUGAUUCUGAUCAAACCCCACCAGGAAUAUCAGGAAGCUUACGACGAGUGUUUGGAAGAAGUUUCCAAUCUUCCCAAACCUCUCUGAGACAUUUGGACCAAUCAGGGUGCAGCCCUAAAGCCCCGCCCUCCCCUCUGUGAACGUCUUUGUUUUUGUUUUUUUGUACCAUGUUUCAUGAAGAAGAAAAAAAUCCGUUUUGUUUUCCCUCUAAUUCUUGCUGUUGUUGAACAGGUGGAGUCUGUCGACACCAGUCACCACAGAAGAAGAAAAUAUGACACGACCGACUUCUUUAUAUUUCAUGUUUCAUCUUUGUUUGUGCUGUAAAAUAUUGAACUGUAAAUGUUUUUAGGUGAAUAUGAUUUUUCUUUUAUUUUAGAAAAAAAAUCAACUGGAGAUUUUUCUCACAUCAAUUUUUUUUAAUUUGAUCUCAUGUGGCUUUGAUGAACGAAAAUCUGGUCAAAGAAUAAAGUGUUCUUUUUAACGUGA